AUGUCCCAAGAAGACGACGUCAGCAAAGAAAAAGCUCGGACGGAGAGCAGCGAGGAGCGCGAUCUCGGCGUCGGAAGCUCGAAGAAGCGUCGUCACGAGGAAUCGGCCCCGAUCGACUUCGCCUCGACGUCUUCUGACGACAUUCAUUACCACUUCCCUUCCUGGGUCGCUGGUUCGUCUUUCCGAGCUGUUUACAAAACAUUUUCGGGUCUAAUGAUACAUAUGAAACUUGAGUCAUCUAGUUUUCUCUUCCUUCUUUUCAGUGAUGCAUAUUAUCAAUUUUUUUGCUGCUGGGAAAAAGUACUUCUUGCAAAAAAAAAACGUUCUUAUUACAUCAACAUUUGAUUAUCACAACUUUUCAGCGAGCUUUCAGAUAUCAGCAAAAUAUUGAGUUUGUGAAAAAAAUGCUUAAAUUAUUCAAAAUUAAAAGGGAUUUUUCAUCUCAAAGGAAUUAAUGAUAGAGCUUUUUUUAUCCAAGUUUUAUUCAUAUUUUUUUCUGCAUUUCUAGAAAGUUAUAGCUUAAUCGAUUUAAAAAGAAACUUUCAUCCGAGUUUAUCAAUCACAUUUUUGUUUUGAGAACCUUUUUCGCGAGAAAAUUCUCUUUUUGUUCUCCAAAGGCACCCGUUUCUCGCGGAAAACAAAUGAAAUUUUGGAAUAAUUAAAAAAAAACUGUUUUACGACGGAAAAUCUGUUUCUAGGCGGUUCCCCUGCCCAAUAUGUCGCUCCCAGGGAACUUCUGGCCAUGGCCACCGCCUUGGAAAACCUGGAGUUGAUCCACGAGAUCGCGGUCGACGAGAACUUCAAAAUUCCCGAUGUCCCCACCAAUCCCAUCGAGAAAGCUGUCAAGUGAUUCGAUCCGUCUUCGUUCCGAUCUUUGAGGAUUUCCUUCAGGGAGAACAUGUACAAGGCGUUCUUCGAUCUGCUCAGAGAGGAUCUGGCCAAACAGCCGCCCGUCUACACCAACCUUCUCAGUCACAUCAUGGAAAUCAAAAUGGUAUUGUUCAUUCGAAGAAAAAUAGGGGAAAAAAGGCAAUGUGCCAUAAUUGCGUUUCGAAAUACAAAUGGGCGCGUAGUUCGGUGAAUAUCUUAGUGAUUCUGUUGCUUUCAAACAAUGGUAGAUAAUUUAAUCGUGAUCCCCGUAAAAAAUCAAUAUUUAUCGAUGCUUUUAAACAAUUCUUUUUAAAAAUCUCUCUCAGAAAGUUUAUCGAACUAUUUUUGCCAAUUUAAAAAAAUAUGAAAAUUUUGCACUACCUUUUUCUCUUUUUUUAGAACUAGUUAAGCACUUUUUUUCUCUCACUAAAAUGGAAUUUUUCUUACUUUUUCUACUCAGUCACCAAGAAAAAUAAAAAAAAGAUUUCGAUAAUUUUUUUUUUUUGCAUUCGUGCUUGAAUCUCCUCUCGCUCAUUGGAACCGUCUUUCUCCAAUUUUAACCGGAGUCGAAAAGCUUCAGUUUUUUUUUAGUGGAAAUGAUGAAAUUUCCGAUUUUUAGUUGAUUCUGAACGACUUACUCUUGCCUUCUCAUCAACGGCUCCGUGAGCAAAUCGAGACGAUGUUCGACGAAGGUUUAUCAAACAAAAUAUAUCAUUUUCCAGUUUUUUUCUUUCUAGAAAGAAUCAAGGAAAGUCUCCUUGAGGAAAACUUCGAUUUCAAACAAGUCGCGGGACAAAUCAUCGACAUUUUGUUGAGAAUGUGUGCUCCAGCUCGCGAUGAACGAAUCCACGAACUUCGUAAAGAAUCCGACCCGAUCAAGAUUCUUAGGUUCGAUGAAAACAUGGAAGAAAAGUCGAAAUAAUCCCUUCAGUGGCCUCUUCGAGAUGAUCGAGUUGAUGAAGAACGACCUCACCAACUAUCAAUUGUCGAAAAAUCGCGCAGAAAUUGAGAAUUACAGCGCCCGAUACGAACUCAGGGAGUUCCAGAAGCUCUACACAGAGUAUCCUGGUUGGUUUUGAAGAUUCUGAAGUAGAAGGAAGAAAGUUAUUAUGGUGUGAGUGUUUGGAUGAGGCCAGAAGAUUCCGUUUUUUUAAAAUUAAGAAGUUGUUCCAGUACUUUGAAACUUUUAUUUAUUCUUCAUUUUAAAUUCUCUGCUGAAUCAUGGAAUAAUUGAAGAGUUGUUUGUCGGUUUGCGAUACUGUCGUUGAUCAAGCGUAGACGGCGCGUAGAGCAUCUCGCCUCUCUUUUGAUAAUAGUAGAAGACUUUUUGAGCGUUUCCGACGAUCACUGCUUCUCCAUGAUUCAGUACAAUUCAGUACAAAACUCGCAAAAGAAAAAAAACUUAAAAAAACUAUUUCAGCCCAAAUAAAUACACUUUUACAGAAGUUUUUCAGCUGCAGUAUCGAUUCAAAAAAUUAAAAAAAAAAUUCUUUUCAGACGGCCCUCCCAAAGUCCGCGAAUGGAUCUGCGAAUCCUACGAACUGAUGGAGAAAGUCGAGAAGACGGAGGAGCAAGAGAUUCAGGCGAAACGUGAACGGCGCGACAACGAGAUCGACGAACAGUUGCUGAUCGACGUCACCAGCAAGGGAUUCGUCACGUGAGCUCGAGAAUCCGUUUUGGAUCAUUAAAUGUAGAUAGAAAUUGGUUUCCUGGUGAUAACUAGUCACAAACUAGUUUUCAAAGUUGGAAAUUAAGUCAGAUAAACAGAUAAAAGAAGGGAAGCCUUUUAAAAAACAAAAUAGUUCCAAACCAAAUUUUCUAUUCAGUAGAUUUAGGGUUUUUUCUGAAGUUAGAACAAGUUCUAAUCACUUUUCAUAAUGAAAAAAAUUAUACCUGAGAACUAUUUCACUUUAGAAUAUUUGCAUAGCUUUUUUUCUCGACAUAUAUGAAUGCAAAAAAAAUUAUGAAUUUAUAGAUGUUUUUUGGAUCUAGUUUUUUUUUUCCAAUGUACCUUCAAAUUUAAAAGGACAGUUGAGUAGGAAAUUGAGUAGGAGGGAAAAAAAUCGCGAAUAAAACAGCUAAGAACUUAAUGGAGAUUGUGAAAUCUAUUAAAACAUACAACUGCAGAAUGAACAUGAAAUUGAUCUUUAGUCGCGAAUUCGAUGCAUUUAGAUUGGUUCAAAGCGAGAACCCAGAUCCGUUUCCCGAGACCUUGUCCUUGGAUCGAGGCCGAAUCUCGCGGCUCUCGGAGAAAUUCCUUCAGAUAAUCAUCACUGCUUCUUCCGUUCUGGUGACCUGUGGCGUCGCUGGACGUCAAGUACUUCUGUUUCCAGAAACCUCAUUUAUCGUUCCUUUUCCAGAUUGCUGAAAGCGAAGAUUUCAAAACGACCCUGAAGAAUCAUCUCAUCGUCAUUGCCAACGACAUCGAUGAAAAGUUGGUAUUAGCGAGAGAACAGAUUUAUUAAUGAAAUAGCCUUUGUACCACGACUUUAAAUUUCACCGAACGAGAUUCCACUGCGUACGGUCUCGAAGCGUCUUUGUCUUUGCGUUUCUCGGUCGCGCUUUGAAUUUAUUAUCAUUGCUGAUGGAUAGACUGUUUCAUUGGGGACACGUGAAAGUCUAGCACUGAAACAGAAGAAAAAGUUGAAAGCGCGACCGAGUUUCGCAAAGGCGAAGACGCUUCGCCGUCGUGCGCAGCGGAAAAGCGGAAUGUCGUUUGGUAAAAUUCCAAGUCAUGGCAAACAUACUACACUUUGAAGUUUCUGGAGUUUCUGAUCGUUUUACUGGAUUUUCGUAGAAAUCUGGUGGAGAAACUCGAGGCGAUGGGGGAGCAGUGUGCCAAGGAAGCUCAUGACACGGCUUCGAAGGUCGACGUCGUCUGGGACGAGGAUAAGACCAAAGCCGUCAAACAUCAGAUAUCGGCACUUGCCGACGAGGACAACCCCGUUCGCGCCAUCGUUUGUCCGUUUUCCUUCUGAUCUUCUGAAUCUCAGCUGCUUUUGCUUCUGUCCUCGAUAAUCUUUGAAAAAAAGUUUUUUUCAAUGUGGGUUUCAGUCAAACGAGUCUCUGAAUUCGUCGAAUCUAUCCUUCGAAGUCCGACGAUGGUUCCGAACCGCCUUCUUCCAGGACUUUCCAUCGUUCAGAACGAACUUUUCGCCUUUACCGCGAAGUUUGUCCACCUUUACUUUCAUCAGGAAUAGUUGUUUUUCAGAUACCUGCGUCUUUGCGAGCACAACCGCCGCUCGUACAACAGCUUAUACUACGAGAUUCUGUACAAGAUCGCCGACGACAUCGUCGUCGAAGCGGCGUCGGUCAGCGCGACUGUGGACGCGGAGGAAGUGAAGCAGGAUCUGGACGAGGUCGCCGAGGAAGCCGAGGGAGAGUUCUUCGAUGGCUCUUCGAACGACGCCGCGAGCUCUGAGGAUCCUCAGGAUGUCGGGUUGCCCGAUUUGCUGUGA